GAUGGAAUUACGAAAACUUUUAAGUAAUUUUUCGUGCUAUGUUCUCUGAUAUCAUUUAUUAUGAAUGUGUACGUCACACUAUUUAGAAUUUUGUAUACAUUUUAAUACUUCUAAAUGAAUAGUUUAAUAUUGUUAAACCAGAAAAGGAAUGAUGACGAAGGAAGCAGCAGAUGGGGCGACAUCAGAUUUUAACGAGAGUACUUUACCUCCCAAAACUAAAACAGCACGAACAUUCAGAGAUGGCGUUCGAAAAAUAGAUCUUAUCCUAGUGAUGAAAGAUGAGGAAAACAUCGUAGCUGACCCUAUGAAAAACAGUUUUCUCACCAACAUUGUUAAAAUGGGAUUAGAAAUUGAAUUUGAACAUGGUGUGUUGCCGAAUAACAAGAAGUUAUUAUUUUUCAAAGUGCAUUGCCCAAAUGAUGUUCUUAACAAUUUAGGAAAUGCUUUUGGUGUAAAUUACGUUGAAAUUGCUCGAGCGGAACACAUAAUGACAUCACGAAAAGAACACAAUUGGAUAAAUUUAAUAAGAAAGGAGUACGCACAACCAUUGCAAUAUUCAAGCUUGGACAGAAGCCUCAUAGUAUAUAUGGCAUUGCUGAACGUUCGAUUUGGAGACCGACAAAACUAUAUAGGGCUGGAAAGGUUAAUAAAACGCAAAGUAGUAAUAGAUGCAUACGCGUUGCAUGACGGUCCGUAUUACAUUCCACAAGACAGUACAAGUAUUAAUGCUCGUCAGAUCCUAUUUUAUAAUUGGGUCGGUAUCACAAACAUAUUUACCAGACAGCCAUUAAACGUGGUGCAUGAAUACUUUGGACCAAAGGUUGCCCUGUACUUCGCAUAUUAUGGACUUUACAAUCUAUUUCUAACAAUUGCGUCCAUAGCAGCUCUAAUGACACUCUUCUUAGCUGUAUUUCUAAAUGAAACCUACAUGAAUUUGAGAUCACCGAUAUGUUAUCCGACUGCACCACAAAUAAUAUGUUUUAGUUGCUUUAAUAAGACGCCAACUUUUGUAAUGUGUUACGUGAUAAAACUUUUUAGAUUUUGUAAUUGGUAUACGAUUAAUAUCUUAGUGGAUAAUAAGUAUACAACAUUCUUCGCGACAUUUAUAAUUCUCUGGGGGAUGUUUUUCACAGCGUACUGGUUUGGAAGAGAAAAAUAUUUGAACUGGAUAUGGGAAACGCGUAAUAAAGACUUCAAUAGAAAACAAAUAAGACCUGAAUACGAUUUUAAUCAAGAGACAGCGCGAAAAUCAAAUAAAACAGGCAUUGUUAUUGCUAAAAAUCGAGAUUUUAAAAUUAAAAUCUUAAUAUGUUAUAUUGUUGUCAUUUUACUGGCUGUAUUUAUUUUUGCUAUAUUUUUAAGACUGAGAAAGUUGCAAGAUAAAGCCUAUAUCAAAAGUAUGCUGAUGCUGAAUCGUAGCCCAGAAAAAAUUAUUCCGAGAUUGAUUUAUACAAUGAUUGGUUUCUCCAUAGUUCUCUCCAUUGUUGAUUUCAUUCAUAGAAAGGUUGCGAGUUAUAUUGUUCAAAUGGAAAAUCAUAAAACCUACGUAUCGUACAGUCGUUCGCUUGCAAAACACCUUUAUAUGCUAUGUUUGCCUCUACCUAUGAUCGUGCUUGGGUACUAUGGAUUUCAUUCGGCAAUUUUUGAUAUGUGGCGCGGUUACGAAAAAGAUAAUCGUUAUCUAUUAGAUGAUAUGUGUGUGAUGACAUCUUGCCUCUUUGAGCUUUCAUUUGCAUUUUUAAUUGUUCUACUUUUAAGAUAUGUCAUAUUGAGAAAACUGUCAUUGUACUCAAGUGUUACUGAUUAUAACCAGCGUGCGAUAGUCGAAAACGUUCCGUGCUGGGAGAGAGAAUUCGUUUUACCUCGAUUUAAUGAAAAUAUCUUAGCAAGCAAAAUGACAAUUCUCGUAAUGCAGUUAACUUUGAUCAUGUCCUUUGGUUUCGCCUGUCCGCCCGCCAUAGUGAUUGUAUUGGUCUUCAACAUCUAUGACAUGAGACGUGAUGCAGAAUUAUGUACACUUCACUACCGAAGACCUCUGCUUCUAAAAAACAAUUCCUUUGACGUAUGGACCGAAAUUUUAAAACUUAUGGUUUAUAUAGCAAUCGUUGUAAACGUUGUGUCAUUCGUAUGCUCCACAGAUACUAUAGAAACAUUUUUACGUGAGCAAAGAAAGUCAACCGGCAAUACACUUAAGCAAUUUUUUCAACAAUUUUUUUUCGAAUAUACUAUUGGCAUGGUAACAUGUUAUGCGCGAGCAUACACACAUAAAGCUAUGGAUACUGACAUUGGAAAGGAAGAAUUAACUGUCGACGAAUUAAGAACUUGUCAAUAUAUGUAUAUAUAUUUUUUUGAGAUUAUCAUGGCUGCGAUAUACCUAAUAAUGCAAUAUAUAUUUUCAAUUGACGUUGACGAAAAGAAAAUACCCAAGAAACAAGGGCGAGGAAAUAAUGAUGAAUGACAUCAAGAUAAAAUUCUGUCACAUUUUUCCAGACUUACCACAUCGAGAAGUGACUGCAUAAUGCAGGUGAUUUUGUUAAGUGGAUAUAUUUUUUAAUUAUUAUAUACUUUAUAGAAAAUAACUUAAUAAAACACAUAUUUUAUACAUAGUUUUAAUGCUUUCAUUUGCUCAAAUGCACAUAUCAUAUAAACUAAAUGCAUCAUACAAAUUAAUAAAAUGAUUGACACAAAUAGAUAUUUUCACUAAUCUCAAUAACUAAUACAAAAAGUGCGGUGAAAUUCAAAGAAACAUUUCUAAAUAUAAUGGUGUAUACAUGUUCCGUACUAUGCGUGUAGAUAAACAAUAACUAAAUUUUUAUCAUACAUAGAUAGCCCUUCGCAGUUUAUAUUUAAAAAAAAAACUUCAACCCAUUCUAUAAGUCUUCAAUGGAUACUGCAUAUAAUGGGUUGUCAUGUACCCAUAUAGUAUACUUAAACAUCAUUAUAUGUUACUUUAUCAUAAAGUGGUGACAGAGGAUUAUUUCAUUCUCUAAAUAAUAAAAAAAAAACAAAAAGAAAAGUAAAAAUUGCAUCUCGAAUUGUUUUAACAAACAUUUGGUUGGAUCUUUUUUAGUGUUAUACUAAAAGAAAAAUAGAUAAAAAGGCAAUGUAUAAAUUUCUUUGUAUUUUAAAAUUCAGCAGAUUAUAUCAAUUUCAAUAUAAAAUUUCGAUGUUAUCCUAUACACAAUAUGUACGUAUAUACUCCCAAACACACAUUUACGAAGCGUUUGGGAAGCUGAUGUUAAUACAAAAGUAGCUGUAACAAGUGUAUUUUUAUCACAUUUAACAAUUUUGAUGACAAUCAUAAUGUUUUUAUUCGAGAAUUUUAACUCACCCAGGUGUAUAACAAAACAAGGAUUUCUGAUCCGGUGAGAGGCGCUACUGUCGCAAUAAUUUUUGACGGAAAAUAUGUAAAAUAAUAAAAAAGAAAAACGUAACAUAACAGCUACAGGACGAAAAGGAUCUUGUUACACUUUCGAAAAGAGGGCGUUAGUGAGCAAACAUAAAUAAGUUUAACUUAUGUCCACCGGGUCACACAUCCUCGUCGGUCUAUACAGUACGAUAAGAAUUUUGUGACGCUUUUACUUUAAAAGGAGGGCGCUAGUGAGCAAUCAUAAUUUAAAUUAUUCAAAGUCUCGUGAGACGUUAUAAUAAACU